GGUCAUUUAUCUAUGCAACCUGAUCGUGGCAAGACUUUUGCGCACCAGGCUGCUUUGUGUUUUUCAGACAUCUUCGAAAAACAACAGCAGAAGUGGCAGUUUCGUGCUUAUCCAAUCCAGUCCUGCAUUGGUGUCAGCGACCUCCAGUCCUCCAUGGAGGAUGGAUGUUUCCUCCGACCUUCUCCUUGGGCAGAGCAGUUGCCGUGGAAGCCCAACUUGGAUGAGGAGUUUGAAGAGCAGAGGAUGCUGCUGGAUGCUUCUUAUGCUCGGAGGUCAACACCUCUGAGGGUGGGAGCUCUGAACCAUUCUUUGAGCACAGCCCACAGGAGCAAACCCACCUAUGCACGCCAACUGCUCGAUCAAGCUGCUGCACUGCUCGGACCUGAUCCAACGAUGAAAGGAAUCGUUGAGGUGCCAGGUGGGGGUUGCGCCUCGGUUGAUAGUUUGCUGGGCAACGAAUUGAAGACGCUUCAGCUAGCAGACUGCACAUUGGCAGCUCGCCGGUGCAAUGAGAAAGCAGAAGAACCUGUGGGUGGACCUGGUGCGGCUGAAUUUGCGACGCAGGACCAGGCACAAGAUAAGAUGCCGCAGCAUUUGCUACGAGCGUACUAUUUGCUUCGAUUCUUGCAAUCGCGUUCCUGUCGCUGGCGACUGCUGGCAGUGUUGAAUUUUUUUCGUUUCGUUCAACGCCGGCUUGCAAUAGCCAGUGCAGUACUGACCACAGAGCUAGAUGAGGGUAAAGGCAGCAGCUUCAUUGGAAGAGAAAGUGAUCCGAGUCAGCGGGUUGAAGAGAAGGCGCAGGACAAGUAUUGGGACAUCUCCAGCCGCGGCCUCUCCAGGAUCUUGCGCCAUUGCUCCCUACCGUUCACAGAUGAUCCUCCUACUGCAGGAGACUUCGAUCCCCUGAAGCUGGACCGUGAAACGUACACCAGCCACGACGAAGAUACCUUUAUUAUAAAAGACUCGUUCGGACGGCAGGUUUUGCAUGAAGCUGCCUUGAAUGAUUUGGAUUGCUUAGAGCUGGAGAUGCUGAAGAUUGGAAGCUACUUCAUCCACAAGUAUGCAGAGGACGAUGUGGGUGGCGAACUUGCAGAAAUCGAACUCCUCGAGCAGAUGAUUCCCAAACUUGCAGAAACCAUUGCGCAGAUGGGCCUCACGGACUCAGAGAUUCUGAGGGUGACCCCCGCAUUUCAGGCCUUCCGGCAGUGUGCCCUGGCUUUGCGCAGCUAUCAUGGUGACCUUUAUUCCAAGAGUGAAAAGAGCACAAAGAUCUCAACCUUUUGGAGCCACUCUUGGCAUGGGAAGAAAUGGAGGAAGAUCAUAACGCUCAUCGUUUUUUACAAUGGUCAGGCAGCUGCAGUCCUAGGCAUGUUCUGUGCUGUUGUAAUGAUGGUGCUGUUUUGUUUCGACCUUCUCCCCGCUUUGAACCGUGGCAGCACGGGAGAAAUCCAAUUCGGAUUCUCAUGUUGGUCCCUUUGGUCUGGUUUCUUCGCCACCUCUUUGGUCAUUAUCUUUUGGCAGCCGCAGAGCCGUGUUUUCCUCGACCGCAUUUGCAUCAGCCAAAUGGACCAUGAAUUGAAAACUCGAGGGAUUAUCAGCUUGGCUGGAAUGCUGAAACAAUCAGAUUCGAUGCUCAUUCUGUGGGAUCCAACGUGGACUGAGAGGUUGUGGUGCCUAUUUGAGCUGGCAGCCUUCUUGCAAAGCAAGAAAGAUCAGAAAAAGGAACUCAUCAUCAGGCCAACCUUUUUCGGGCCUCUUCACAUUGCUUUCUUCUUGACCAUGGUUGCUGCCAUGAUUCCUUUCACAAUGGCACCGGUAGAUCUCGCAGCUGGUCCAAGUCUAUUUUUUGUUCCUGCUAUCAUGAUCGUUUUCUCAAGCGGGGCGGUUGCUUAUGUGGGCAUGAGCACCUUGCGAAGCUAUUUCCGAGAUUUGGACACCAUGCGACAUCAGUUGCUGUCCAUCUCUUUCGACGCUACUCGGAGUUCCUGCUGCGAAAACAACCAUCGUGACCUGUCAGGAAAUCCUGUGAUUUGUGACCGGAAGAUUGUGAAACACUGUGUGGAAGUGUGGUUCGGCAGCCAAGAGGCAUUUGAGAAGACUGUGCGAUCGGAGGUGCUGGAAAUCUUGACCCAUCACCUUGGGGACAGAGUUUUCAGUAUCAAAUCAACUCUUGCACUGGGUAUGCCGCUGAUGUGGGGGUUCAUGGACCAUGCUGCCAGCGAAUGGCAACUGCCUUCGUCGGACAUUUGGAGGAAGGCAGGUCCAGCCUUCUUGCUAUAUGGUUUGACCAUUUGGCUCAUAUUCAUCCCGACAAUGAGGGAUUUCCUUCUCCUCAUUGGCAAGCUGACCCGGGCAAGGCCAAGGAGUCUGUGCCUUGAAGUCUUGAAAAAUUUGCUUGCUUGCUUCAUUCUGUUCCUCCCAUCUGCCGCCGUCAUGGCAUGUUACGAGAAUAUACGCGCUACAAUCUUUUUCACCAUUAUGGUGCUCUAUGCCAUCUUCUACUGGUGCUUUUCCAUGGGAUUCCAUGGGCAUCAAGGCGAGUCUGAGAAGAUGAGACCUGCCAGUGCCAAGAUGGUGGACACACUGGACACGCUUGGACGCUGCCUCACGCGAGGAUCUGACGAGCGCGAGAUUGCUGCGGUGGAUCGCUGUGCGGUGCUAUAUGACCUUUUAGCCUCGGAGGUUUGGUUCCACACAGAGAAGCAACACUUGGUGGAGGUGUAUUUGAACAUCUUUGAAGACACCACGGAUCCGUUGGAGCAGCGCAUCUUGGCACAGCGCAUGAUCGACGUCAUGGCGUUGCGACCGCGCUUAGACCUUCAGGAGCCUUACUUUGUGGAGGCAUACAGUGCUUCGAUCCUUCUCUUGCGCUCACGAAGCGCAUUGCUCAAGGAACUGCAACAGCAUCAGGUCAGUUGCGAAGUCAGCGCAAGCAAAAGAGCCACGAGCAAAACAGCGGAGCCGGGCAUCCCCAGUUCCAGGCUCGCUAUUGGCAAAUCAGGUAGCUUUGCAGCCUAUGCAGGCGAUCAUUUGGACGCAGGCACGGCGUGGCAGUCAUCCAAAGCAGCAUCCAGCAGCAUUAAGACAGAAGGUCUUCGCAGCGGACAGGGCAUGCUGAUGCCGGGACUUGAUGGUGGUUUGGCGCAUCCCCAAGAAGGCAACACUUUGAGCGGUGGCAUAGCCACUGCCCGGCGGGAGGGAGAGAUCAUGUGCGCAGAUGGUGACAAGAUCCUGGGCCACAACACCUGCUGCCUAGUGUGGAAGGCCGAGCUGAUCUUGGAAUCUGUGCACAAAGACCUGGCUCAGCACUUUCAAACUCCUCCAGUGGCAUCUACACAGCUGGAAAGAGCUUGCUAUGUGGUAGCUAUGGAAAAAUGGUCACAGCAGCAGGAGCCUUUUUUCCAAUCUGAGCUUCCGCCCCACGAGGAUCCAGAGCUACACCUGACUCUGCUCCAAGAGCUGGCGAAGCGUUUGGUUGGCAUUGAACAGCAGGACCGGCAGCGGUGGCGUCAGGGAGGACCCACUUUUGUAGGUGAAGAAUUUGGCAAAGCGCAGGCCGUGCCCUCCAGUCCGGUGUCAAAGUACAGCAGCUGGGUUGAGAGCAUUUCCAUGAACGACAUGAUGACUCAUUCCUUUGAAGAAGUUGCAAGUGCAGCGGCAGACCCUUCCCUGACGCUGCAAGCCUCCUAUCAACAUGCUUUAGGCUGCCUUCUUGCGCAGCUUGUGGAAUUCCUUGAACUUCGUGGGCGCUUGCAGGAUACCGCUGUCGAGGUCCAACACCUUCAAAGGGCCCUGAAGGAACAGGCAAUGGAUUUUGGAAGCUCUUUGCUGCCUUUGAGAAACAUUUCAGGCGAGGAUGCCAAUGCACUUCGCGGCAAUCAGUUGACAGCUGCUUUGGUCACCAAGAGCAUGGGCAGCUUGCAAGCAUCGACCAGCGAUGCUUUGCUGAUGCAAUGCUCAAGACAGAAGCUUCAAGAAGUGCAGCAGAUGUUGCAACACGAACUUGCCUUUCGAUGCUUAGCUCUGGCAUGUGUCCAGCAGAAUGCACUGCUCCUCGAUCCUCAAGUCAGGUCAAAAGAGCUGAGCGACAUCAGUACAAUCGGACUUUCACGAGACGCCGUUGCUUCAGAUGGUGGAUUGGGCGUGAUGCGUCGCCUGCGAGACUCUUUAGAGAUUUCUGGUCAUGACAAGAACCAUCCUCAUGCCAAACAGCCAGACCAGGACGUCCUUGCGAGUGUGUCCAACAGUGCUGAAGUCAGCAAGAUGAGUGGAACCGAGGACAAAGGCGCCGCUAUUAUGGACAUGUCACGCUAUGCGCAGUAUUUGCAGCAGCCAGCAAGAUACCUGGAGCCCGUGAUUGCGGUCCUCAGCCGCAUUUGGGCAGAGAUGGAUUCCAUGCGGGAACAUCGACUGCUUCGCUUCAAGCUUCUCAGGUGCAGCUCCCUCAUGGCUCUCCGUGCCAGUUGUGAUCUCGUGACUGGUCUUCAGGUCGGUCAGACAUCCAACGAAUUGGCCCGUAUGGCAAUGCUGCUGCCAAAAUCGCUGACACCCUUUACAUAUGGAGACCGUGUGAAGCCCCUGGUUGAGCGCGAUGGACAGGUGACGAACAUCUUCAGCCUUCCCAACACCUUCGAUUCUUUGCAGCUAAGAGCCUUGCCGCCUCGAGAAUUCGGCCCACUCGCAGAGAUCUUGGCAGACAGGGCGUCUGAGUUGUUCUGUGUGGUCAGGGCCAUUGAAAAGACAGAAGAAUCGACCUUCGAGGAAGAGCUGAAGGAGCACUUAGAUUUGAACAUCAACGGUCCGGCCAUAGUGGCAUUGCAAGUACUGAACGCCGUUGCACAGCUCUUUGCCUUGCGCUAUGCGAUUUGCAUGCUGGAGGCAGAUCCAGUGUGCCUCCUGGAAGCACAGAGGAACCGCUUUCCCUCCAUCGACCUUGAGCAGCUCUUCCGUGCACAUGCACACAGCGUCCAGGAGCGAAGCGGCGAUCCUGUGGAGCAAUCCAAAAGCAAGCCAGUCUUGAGCAGUGAGGAGGAGGAAAUUGACACAGGCGAUCUAAGCCGUGCAGGGCCUGCAUAUGAAGCCAUUGAGGACCUUUGUGCUGACAUCGCUCGCCUGGUUGCACGACUACACGCCCUUGGUCCGGAGAAUUGUCGAAAGUCCACCAAGGUCUUGGAGGUGCUGCAGACGGAAAUCCGAAGUGCACAGCGAUGUCUGGCAGCGGUGCUGCGAAGGAGCACGCAGAGGUUGCAAGAGCGCGGUGAGGCCAACGAGGCGUAUGCAUUGCGUCAGUGGAGCAGUCUUUUGGAAGAAACGAAUUCGCUUCCGCCUGGUGAUCCACCAAGGCCAUGGUUCUUAGAGUUGUCUCCAACUACUCAAGGGUCUUUGCCAGCGGUAGAGCCGUGCUCCAAGGAGUCGAAGAAGAUCCAGGAGAGCCAGGAGCCUUGCUGGAAUCAGCAAAUCCAUUUGCACAAAGCCACCAUUCCAGCUAUUGCGCGUUUGCAUGAAGAUGCUCUGAGCUACAUUUCACACCUGCACCCAAGCCUUGUGGAUUGGAGACAAGAACUCCCAGAUUUGGCACGGACCUCUGCGAUCUGCGAUCUGCGAUCUGAACAUUGUGGCGCUUUGGAGGCGGGCCUCACCGCGUAUUGUGCGACUUCCUUGGCAAAUGCCUGGCCUGUCUUGCCAUCAUCGCGACUAUUGCGACUUCCCUUGAGUCUCAACAGCGCCCGCAGGCAAAUCUCCUCACGCGAAUUUGGAGUGCACUAUGAGACAGAGAAGGAACGAGUGCAACGGCAUGAGGCUGAAAAUCACGGCAACAUGCUCUCGCGCGACCCAUGGCCGCCCAAUCAACAUGCACCUUUGCAUUUGACACCACGAGAUACUCGCAGCAACACCCGUUUGCGAACGCGAGAUUCGAGGCCCAAGCCGAUCAUUGACACCAUCGGUGAAUGUUUGGUGAGCGAAAUUCGUCUGCCCUACUCGCCCGGAUAUCCAGAGCUACGUGAGAAACCAAAGAUGGUCCCUGGAGCUCCGCAGACAGAAUUCUGUCGACUGAAACAAGGUGCAUAUUUGAUGCUGCCCAAAGAGUAUUGCCCCAGCAAAGUCGCGCUGCAUUGGAUCUAUGGGAUUGAGCAAGACAGCAAUUAUGCGGCUUAUGCAGAAUCCGAAAUGUUUGGACUGAUGCUGCUGCGGGAUAGAUUGCAGGAAGUGCUUGGUGCAGGACACUUGGGGUGGACGAAGUUGCCAUCAGAUGCAGAGGGCCUGGCCCUGCUUCAUGCGGAGCUUGCUGCAACGAUCCCAAAGGAGGAGCCUGCAGAGCCGAUUGAGAUCUCAGGCGCUUUGGAGUUAGAGCCCAAUGCUGUCAGAAGUGAAAUAGCUGCGAUACGGAAGCAGUUGGCUGCUCUGGUGCCAGCGUCAGCGCAACUGAUUUGGUCCACAGCAACGGAACGCUUGAGCGAGGAGUUCUCUGCGCUGGUUGCCUUGCAGUUCCGCUUGCAGUCGGUCAGCUCCUCCAACGUGACACGAACUGCCCCAGUUCCUGAGAUCGUUUCAAGCAUGUCCCGCAAAAACGAAGAUGUGGCAUUGCUGACGGGAGGACCAUUCGCAGCAAAGCUUGAUGGUCUGCAGCCGGUCGCGGAACUGCUCACCAAGAGCACUUUUGUGCGGAUGGAUAACAAUCCGGAUGGUGAAGCUGCACAUGUGCUGAAAGAAUUGCAGAUCAAUGCCUGCUUGGAAGACUUGGUCUUUGGUCUGUGGUCUUGGGGACGCUUGAUGUCAAAGAACCGUGAACGGCGCACCCAAGAGAUCUUAGGCUUUUUGGAUCAUCUACGCAAUGUGUUGAAGUUCAGAGGCGCAGCAGUGGAGGUGCAAACCAUUGACGAAGGCCAUGUACUGGUGACUACACCAGAGCUGGACUGGCUGGAGGCGACCAAGGAAUCAAUGAAAGAGAAAAAGGAGUCCAUGGAGGCCCAAUUCCGUGCAGACGUGGCUGCCCGCGCUGUAAGGAUGGUAUUUGAGGUGGACCGCGUGCAUCGCUGCCAACGGAAUCUGAAAGCAGCCGCUGGAGAGUUGCAAAGUCGCCUGCAAGGAGAGGUGAUGGACCAGGUGCGAAGUACGGUGUCCAACUUUGCUGGAGCCUUGUCUGCUGAGGACGGCCGCUUCCGGGAGAGUCAUGGCAUCAGCGGCGAAGUGUUGCAGCGCCAGUUGCGAGACCUGCGAGAACACGUCACCUCAGAAUUAUCAGCUUUGGCAGCAAAGAAUCAGGUGGUGCAAUUCAAAGCCAGUCAGCCUCGACAGGUUCCCGGACUCGAGACACUGCUGCCUGAGAAGGAUACGGGUGGCAUUGAUUUCCAGACGCUUGUUGGAGGCAUGGAGGAAGAAGAAAACCAAGACGAUGGCUUCAGAUCGCCCAUGAAGCGGCGGCAUUCCCAGAACAAUGUGGCACGUCGCAACAGCGAAGUCUACAGCCACGUGAAACCAUCAGUUCUCACAGUGAGUGAUGGCAUGUAUGGGAAGCUAGCAGAAGUAGCGAGUCGACGUGAAGUUUACGACCUGCAGAUGGAGCUGAAGAAUUUAAGGGGUCGUCAGCUCCUCGAGAGGAUUUUCCACAGAUUCAAAUGUGAAGCCAUGCGCCAGCACUUCAAGCGGAAGGUGCAAGAGCAAGAGGCGACACUGGAGUCGAACAGUUCACUCUUGGGCCAAUUCGCUGAGAUUUCACGGGCAGAAGACGCCGCCGCCAAUGACUUCAUAAGAGGUGCACAGGAGGUGUCUGAUGCUGAAAAGCGCACAGAGGAGCUUGGACCCUUGACACAGUCCAACGCGGAGCAGAAGCGACGCUUAGCAAAAUGGAAGAAGAACAAGAGCAAACAGCUUUACCACAUGAAAAAAGGUGUGCGUGACCAUGAGAUGGCAGGGACCAUGGAUGUCGCCUCGCUACUCCAAGACAUCCAGUCGAAGCAGGAGCUCGUGAAAAUGUUGCAGCAAGGUCAACGGGAGUUUGAUGAUGAAGUGGUUCGCGCAACUGAAGAAAAUGCUGUCGAGACUGCUCAAGUCCGUGCCGCCAUGAUCAAGCAGCGUCAGGUCAAAGAUGAUACGUUUCUUGUCCAACACGAUGAGAUUACGUGGGUUGCGAUUUAA